AUGUCGAGCCCCAUGUACAACGGCCUGGCUCUCUCAGCGCAGGCGUACGUUUCCGAUGAAGAUGAUCUUAUCAUCAACUUUCCGCGAAAACUCAAGCUUCGCAACAAGGAGAAUGAGCCACUCGGCAGCGAGGCCCUGCGCAGGCACGAUGAGAAGACGAUGGAAAGGAAGAAAGAAGCAGAGGAUAAGGAUCAAGAAGAGCAUAGCAAAACCGUGCCUCUUGCACGUGCAGGCUACAACAUGGUCACAAUUGACCUGCUCCAGGAGCUUAUUGAUAGCGCAACACAGACUUACUUUGACGCCAUGACCAACAAUAGUAGUAGGAUCACAGAACACCAUGUUGCCACCAGUCUCUAUGUGAUUAGGCGUCCUUCGGUUCAUGAUGCCCACCGGUGGAUACACCUUGGCGAAGAGCGAGAAGGUGUUCGUAACGCCACGAUCGAAAAUGCAGUUCCCGUGUACUUGGUUCUCGGCAAACAGCCCGUCUCACGCCCGUUCCACGGCACGCAGAUUGACAAGAACAACCACGCCGGCAACGACAGGGACAGUGGAUACGAAGAGAAUGACUCCGAUGACCGCGAGGAGAGCGACGUUGACCGUGGCUGCGAGGACGUCAAGAUCAAAGUGCUUAAAGAGGAUCGUCAAGAGCACGAGUAG